AUGGCGGCCGGGGCGGUGCAGGGGCUCGGCGAGGGCGGCGGCGGCCGCGGCUUCCUGGGCCCGCGCGUGCCGGCCGAGGUGGAGGCCAUGGCCCGGAGCGUGCAGGACGUGGGCAAGGAGACCUUCCGGCGGCUCCUCAAAGUCACUGUUAACGCAUUAGAAGGAAAAGACUGCAAGGAAUCUGUCAGGCUGAUUGCAGAAAGUGCUAAUCUCUCAGAAGAGCAACUUGCUUUCCUCAUUUCUGGCAUGUACACCCUCCUCCGAGAAGCAUUGAGACUCCCCUUAUCAACUUUCAAACAAGAAGUUUUUAAAGAAGACCUUAAGGAGCUCAGAAUACCAGAAGAUUUCAUUGUGGACUUUUCCAGUGUAGUCUUUGGUAACAGGCGUCCCACUUCGGAAGGCACAGCUCUGAUACAAAGAAGUCGGCUACCAAGUAUCCAGGACUUCAAGUGGAGAGUGGAUGUAGCUAUAUCCACAAGUUCACUGGCCCGUGCACUGCAGCCUUCCAUUCUGAUGAUGAUGAAGCUUUCAGAUGGGACAGCUCAUCGCUUUGAAGUGCCAGUUGCAAAGUUUCAAGAACUGAGAUACAAUGUUGCCCUCAUACUGAAGGAAAUGAAUGAUUUGGAGAAGAGGAGCGUACUGAAGAUCCAAGACUGAAUACUUUUACAUUGGGAGUUUAUGGAUAAGAUUUGAAACCCUCAGCAUGUUUUGUGAAUGCAAAACAGGGGACCAUCACCACUUUGCCUCUAUGAACUUCAAUGUGGCAUUUAUGAUGUCUGCUGUAAAUAUUUUUUCUUUCAAUACAAGUGUUAAAAGCACAAGCUCUUUUUGUAAGACUUAGGAAAAACAAAACAUUUAUCUAUUGAAAAGUAUAAUACUGUUUGUGAACAUUUUUGCAUGAUUCAUCAAAACGGUUUUUUAAAUAACUGUCUUAAUAGAUGUAAGAGUCAUUUCUGAUUAUGAUUCAUAACUCAUUUCUUUAUGCUACUGGAAGCCCUAUCACUGUGUAUGUAUCAUAAGAAAGCUCUGCAAUAUUUCAAAUAAAAAAUAAAAUAACAAACCCA